CAACCCUGACCUUCAGUGCCCGAGUCUCCUCCUGGAAAACCAUCAGGGCUCCCUUCCCUAGCCAGGUGAAGCCAAAAGCACCCAAGCAAGGACAGGGACAGAAACCACAACCGUCCAGAGGAGGGGUCUCAGGGCCACCUUGUUUGCAUGCAUGCCCUGACCCUGCCCAGUUCCUGAGAGAGACCACAGCCCGGAAGACCAGCCGUCUUUCUACAACGGGACUCGUCCCACCCCUUCCAGAGGCACGAAGCUAUGAAGCGUCCUGGCAGUUGUCACUCUUUGUAUUUAAGACGCCAGCCUUGUCCGAGGUGUGCUCAGCCAUGCUGGGCAAAGGGGCAUCUAGCCAGCAUGUUUUUCUGGGCAGCUUACCUGGUCAGCCUGCAGCUCCACAUUGCUUAUUGCUGGGCUUUCAGCUGCUACAAGACAGAGUCCUCGCCGAGCUUCAGCCUCCCAGGAGAUUACCUCCUCGCAGGCCUGUUCGGUCUCCAUGCAGACUAUCUGCAGGUGAGAAACCAACCCCAGGUGACACGUUGUGACAGGCCUGACAGCUUCAAUGGCCAUGGCUACCACCUCUUCCAGGCCAUGCGGUUCAGCAUCGAGGAGAUAAACAACUCCACAGUCUUGCUUCCUAACGUCUCCCUGGGGUAUGAGCUGUAUGAUGUGUGUUCAGAGUCGGCCAAUGUGUAUGCCUUACUGAGGGUGCUCGCCCAGCAGGAGACUGACCACAUAGCGCUGCAGAGAGACCUUCACAACUAUUCCUCCAAGGUGGUAGCACUUAUUGGGCCUGACAACACCAACCACGCCGUCACUGCUGCCGCCCUGCUGGGCCCCUUUCUGAUGCCUCUGAUCAGCUAUGAGGCCAGCAGUGUGAUGCUCAGCUCGAAGCGCCAGUACCCGUCCUUUCUUCGCACGAUCCCCAGUGACAAGCAUCAGGUGCAGGUCAUGAUGCUGCUGCUGCAGAGCUUCGGGUGGGUCUGGAUCUCACUCAUCGGCAGCUAUGGUGAUUACGGGCAGCUGGGCGUGCGGGCACUGGAGGAACUGGCCGCUCCACAGGGCAUCUGCAUUGCCUUCAAGGGUAUCGUGCCCUCUUCUGCCCAGGUGGGUGACCUGAGAAUGCAGCAGAUGAUGCAGCAGCUAGCUCAAGCCAGGACCACUGUGGUCGUGGUUUUCUCUAGCCGGCAACUGGCUGGAGUGUUCUUCAGGUCGGUGGUGCUGGCCAACCUGACUGGCAAGGUGUGGAUUGCCUCAGAAGACUGGGCCAUCUCCUCGUACAUCACCAGUGUGCCUGGGAUCCAGGGCAUUGGGACAGUGCUGGGUGUGGCCAUCCAGCAGAGACUUGUCCCUGGCUUGAAGGAGUUUGAAGAGUCUUACAUCAGGGCAGUAAAGGGUGCCCCCAGGUCUUGUCCAAAGGGAUCCCGGUGCAGCACUAACCAGCUGUGCCAAGAGUGCCAUGCCUUCACGACACAUAACAUGCCCACGCUUGGAGCCUUCUCCAUGAGUGCUGCCUACAAUGUGUACCAGGCUGUGUAUGCUGUGGCCCAUGGUCUCCACCAGCUCCUGGGAUGUACCUCGGAGACCUGUUCCAGGGGUCCAGUCUACCCUUGGCAGCUUCUGCAGCAGAUCCACAAGGUGAAUUUCCUUCUACAUAAGCACACGGUGGCAUUCGAUGACAUUGGGGAUCCUCUAGAUGACUAUGACAUCAUCGCCUGGGACUGGAAUGGGCCUGAAUGGACCUUCGAGGUCAUUGGCUCAGCCACAUUGUCUCCAGUUCAGCUAGACAUAAAUAAGACAAAAAUCCGGUGGCAUGGGAAGAACAAUCAGGUUCCUGCGUCUGUGUGCACCAGAGACUGCCUCGAAGGGCACCACAGAGUGGUUGUGGGUUCCCACCAUUGUUGCUUUGAGUGUAUGCCCUGUGAGGCUGGAACCUUCCUCAACAAGAGUGAUCUUCAGAUCUGCCAGCCAUGUGGAAAAGAAGAGUGGGCACCUGUGGGAAGCACGACUUGUUUCUCACGUACUGUGGAGUUCUUGACUUGGCACGAACCCGUCUCUGUGGUGCUGCUCACAGCUAACACACUACUGCUCCUGCUGGUGGUUGGGACCACCGGUCUGUUUGUAAGGCAUCUUCACACGCCUGUUGUGAGGUCGGCCGGAGGCAGGAUGUGCUUCUUCAUGCUGGGUGCCCUGGCUGCAGGGAGCUGCAGCCUCUAUGGCUUCUUUGGGGAGCCCACGGUGCCCACAUGCUUACUGUGUCGGCCCCUCUUUUCUCUCGGUUUUGCGGUCUUCCUCUCCUGCCUGACAAUCCGCUCCUUCCAACUGGUUGUCAUCUUCAAGUUUUCCACCAAGGUCCCCAUGUUCUACCACACUUGGGCCCAAAACCAUGGUGCCAGUCUGUUCGUCGCUGUCAGCUCCACGGUCCACUUGCUCAUCUGUCUCAUGUGGCUUGCACUGUGGACCCCACUGCCCACCAGGGAAUACCAGCGCUUCCCCCAUCUGAUAAUUCUUGAGUGCACAGAGGUCAACUCUGUGGGCUUCCUGCUGGCGUUCACCCACAAUAUCCUCCUCUCCAUCAGCACCUUUACCUGCAGUUACCUGGGUAAGGAACUGCCAGAGAACUAUAACGAAGCCAAAUGUGUCACCUUCAGCCUGCUCCUCAACUUCGUAUCCUGGAUCACCUUCUUCACCAUGUCCAGUAUUUACCAGGGCAGCAACUUGUCCGCGGCCUAUGUGACGGCGGGACUGACCACUCUGAGCGGCGGCUUCAGCGGUUACUUCCUCCCCAAGUGCUAUGUGAUUCUCUGCCGUCCAGACCUCAACAAUACAGAACACUUUCAGGCCUCCAUUCUAGACUACACGAGGCGCAGCGGCUCUACCUGAUCCGCGGGGACUGUAGGGGCGGGGCAGACCGGAAGACUCUCCUGUCUUGAAGGUGGCGGAUCCAGUGGAGGCGGAGGGCCUGAGGUGUCUGGGAAAGCUCAGCCAUGGCUUGCGAUGUAUAAGCACACAGAA